CUCUGCAGUCACCAUCUGAAGGAGCUGGAGGGAAAGAUCCAGGAUGGAGGUUUUUGAGUUCUUCACAGCUGUAACAGUGCUGUUUGCUGCUUCCUCUCCGGCUGAACGGCAGUUUUAUUUUGUUAACGAGCUGAAGAACUGGACUGAAGCUCAGACUUACUGCAGAGAACAACACACAGACCUGGUGACGAUACGCAGCCAGGAGAACUUGACGACCCUGAUUGACAUGGUUAAACCGGACGAUAUGGUCAACAUGAAGGACGGUUACGAAAAUCGGGCCUGGAUCGGACUGAUUAGUGACGCGAACAGCUGGGAGUGGUCGAUGUCUGAUCCAAAUUUCUUUCAGAACGCCGGCGACUUUGAGUACAGGAACUGGAGAUCAGGACAACCAGACAACUCCCAGAAGCCUGAAAACUGUGUAAGGAUGUAUGAUGAUGGACUGUGGGAUGACAAUUCCUGUGAACAGUACGAAAGAUUUGUGUGCGCUGACGUGAAUGGACAGAAUGUAACAUUCCUCCUCAGUGACAUCUUUAAGCCCUGGCCUGAAGCUCAGGCCUACUGCAGAAAGGAGCACUCAGACCUGGCCACUGCCAGAAACAUGGCGGAGAACGAGAUGAUAAAGCAGAAGAUGCUACCGGGUCAGUUCGCCUGGAUCGGUCUGCACAAAAGCUCCUGGACCUGGGUGGAUGGCAGUAAACCCUUGUUUACUUUGUGGAAGACAACAGUACCCAACGACGGAUAUGUCUGUGCUGUAGCAAACAUUAAAGAUCAUGGAAAAUGGGAUAACACUCCUUGUGACUGGAGCUUCCCGUUCUUUUGCUACGGUGAUAAACCAGAGAACAUCCAGGAGAACAUUCAGGUUCCAGUUUCAAGGCUAGCAGUGAAGCUGAAGCUGCAGAAUCCCUUGUCUCUGGAUCUGAAUGAUGUCGGUGUGCUGGAAGACCUGCUGGUGCGGUUUAAGCAGAAACUGAAGGAUGACAAACUGGAAGGAGACAUCAGACUGAGCUGGAGGGGACAAUCAGAUGGAACGGUCUUCCGUAAGGACGGCUGAGGAUGACCUUUCACCUGGAAGGAUUUCAUCUUUAGUAGAUUUUCCUCUAAUUUAUACUUUUGAUGGUUGUUUGCUCUUUUUGUGGUUUAUACAGACAUCCCAGUAAAGUCUACUUGUUUAAGUACUGAGCUCAGAUUUGAUUCGUUUCUCUCUGAAAUCAUUUAUCUUUGUGGGAUUCUGCUCAUUUAUCCUUGUUAUGGCCAAAGCCUGUACCGCCUCCCUCCUCUUGCUUUUUUCUGUAUUGCCAUUCUAUGUGGGAAGUUUCCUCCUAUUAUUACAUCCCCAGUUGCUGAUUGGCUGCCUCCUUCUACUGGUGGGAUCAACGCUACCUGUCUAAAGGUGAUUGGCUGCA